AUGAGUAACAUGAUUACGGAGAUCUUUGCUUUUAUUCUGACCGUCUGUGGAUGGGUGCUCACAGCCUCCACCGUCGCUACGGAUUACUGGAAGGUGUCCUCAGUGGAUGGGACUGUUAUCACCACGGCGACCUUCUGGUCAAAUCUGUGGAAGACGUGCGUGACCGAUUCGACCAGUGUCACCAACUGCAAAGACUUCCCGUCCAUGCUGGCAUUAGAUGGAUACAUCCAACUGUGUCGUGGUUUAAUGAUAUCAGCAGUGUGUUUGGGCUUCUUUGGAUUCGUCCUGUCCUUGGUGGGGAUGAAGUGUACAAAGAUCGGAGGAUCUGAGAAGACAAAAGCUCGCCUCACCUGUCUAGCAGGCUUCCAUUUCAUCCUUGAUGGUCUUUGUUCCUUGACGGCAUGUUCCUUCUACGCACACAGAAUAACCUCUGAGUUUUUCGAUCCACUGUUUGUAGCACAAAAAGAGGCAGAGUGCUCCUACAACAGAGCCACCUCCUUCACUUCUGCACGGCCACGGCACAACCCCCCCGCCACCCUCCAGAAAGACUGCCAGGACCCAGCGGGCACGUCCAGGCAGUUUGGGAGAAAUGCCUACGUCUGA